CUGCUCGCCAGCUUACAAUCGGGCCUCGAAGUCCGGUGCUCGACGAGUCAAGCACCAGCGUUCACGGUCGGCUCUUGGCCUCCGCUCGGAGUGCGGACAAUCGGAGUGCAACGUCGAUUAGAUGCAGAAUCCGCUUUCUCCUCUGUCCGUCGUCUGGACAGCUUUAGCGGCCAAAGCUUGCUGACCGCUGCCUUGGGCAGACCUACCCGAAGCCUGAGGGGUCCAAAGUGCAUGGAAGGAUAUUGCUUUCCAUUUGUGUUUAUUCCCCCGGUUCGGGGUACUUUGAAGUUGGCUGUGGUGAAGUCACCCACGAAUUGUAGCAGCCCAAUCGGAAAGGUCUGGAGACGGUUGAUUGAUCAUGGCUAUUCGUCAACUGUGUCGCUGCGAGACAUGCGGUUCCGCCACCACAUGAUCAGUCAGGGCCAGAGGACAUAA